AUGGCACAGAUUCGACCCUACACAAUCGAUAUCCCUCAAGCAAAGCUUGACCGUCUGAAGCGUAACCUAUGUGACUACCAAUGGCCAACAGAGCUGCAAGACGACCCAGCAUGGGAUUACGGCACACCAGAAAAGGACAUCAAACACUUCUACCAGCACUGGAAGGACAAGUUUGACUGGCGAGACCACGAGAAGAAGCUGAAUGAACUCCCCAAUUUCGAGACCACAGUGGAUAUUGAUGGCCACGGCGGUGUGGACGUACAUUUCCUACACUUCAAGAACGAUGCGCCGAAUGCUAUUCCGCUCCUUUUCGUCCACGGAUGGCCCGGAAGUGUGCUUGAGUGCGUGAGGUUGGCGCCGUUGCUGAAGGGAGGCGACGGCAAACCUGCUUUUGAAGUUGUUGCACCUUCGCUACCAAAUUAUACAUUCUCAGGUCCAGCUCUGAAGCGAGGUUUCGGUAUCCCGAAAUAUGCUGAGGCCUGUCACAAGGUGAUGCUGGCAUUAGGAUUCAACCAAUAUGUUGUUCAGGGUGGCGAUUGGGGUUUCCUGAUCUGUAGGACUUUAUCAGCUAAAUAUCCGCAACAUGUCAAGGGCAUUCACACUAAUUGGGCGUGGGCAUCUGAGCCGAAGUGGACAGAUGAGAAUCCGAAGCCUGCAAGCUAUUCUGAACGAGAGCUGAAUCAGAUGAAGCAGGGAGAACGAUGGAAUCCGUUUGGUACAGGCGAGGGUAGAGGUUACAUCGCCAUUCAAUCGACGAGACCAGCAACCAUCAACUAUAUGAUAUCGGAUUCGCCUGUCGGUCUGCUAGCGUGGAUAUGGGACAAGCUCGUGGACUGGUCUGAUCGGUACCCGUGGACCGAAGAUGAGGUUUGCCUCUGGGUGAGCCUUUACGUUUUCUCGAGAGCCGGUCCAGAUGCAGCGAGCUACAUCUACUACGAAGCGACCCACGACCUAGAGACCCUCCAGCUCGUGCAAAGCUACAUCGAUUGUCCGCUGGGCUUAGCAGAUUUCCCAGUCGAGCUCUGCAAUAACCCCAAAUCGUGGCGUCAUACGAUGGGACCGAUUGUGUAUCAGGAAGAAUUUGAUCGUGGCGGGCAUUUCAGUGGUUAUGAACGUCCUGAUGCAGUUGCCAAAGGUCUCUCUGAGAUGUUUGGGAAAGAUGGCAAGGCACAUGGCGUAGUCAGUGGACGGAGUGGCUAUUGA